AUGAACAUGAGAUCGGCGCUCUUGCAUGUUGGGGCAGACCUGGUGCGUUCGAUGGUGACUGUGGCGGAAGGAUGCUUGGUGAUCUUCUUCCACGCGGACGGCCGAUCCACUGAUGCAUAUGCUUCUCUGAUAGUUUCCUUAACAGUACUGGUUGGUGCUGCAGCUGGCAUGGUGUCAUGGACGAGGCUUUCAUUGCGGAUCCUUGGAUCACAGCGAGCAGACACCGCUCUGUUGUGUGCGGAGUGA